GGAGCAUCCCUCGGCAGAACGACGCGGACGAGAAAAUGUAUUUAAGACCUGGUUAUCCGUCGCCAAUUUGACUCCGGUCACCGACAUCUGCCUUCAAUCGUUGCGCUGCGCGUUCACUCUGCUCGUCUCUUUCCUAGCACGUUCCAAGACCUCAAAAACAAUGGCUUCAAAUCCGAUCGGCAGGUGCUGCACCGUUGGUGUCAAGCAUGAGGGCACCGCGAAGGGAGAUGUGAAGAACAUUGGUGACGUCCGAACCUACUUCACCUACCCCGAAGACAAGAGCACGCAGAAUGCGAUCGUGAUCUUCACCGAUGUCAUGGGCAUGGACUUCAUCAACGUGCAGCUCAUCGCCGACCAAUUUGCCGCGAAUGGGUACUUCACCAUUGUUCCCGACCUUUUCAACGGCAACGUAGUACCGCUCAACCCGCCCACAGAUUUCGACAUCAUGAAGUGGAUCAACGAAGAGAUGCCGCGCGUUCCAAAGGUCGACCCCAUCAUCGAGUCCGUCCUCAAGCACCUGCGCGGCGACCUGGGUGUCAAGAAGCUGGGCGGUGUCGGGUACUGCUUCGGAGGCAAGUACGUGUGCAGGUGGUUGAAGGAGGGGAAGCUGGAUGCCGGGUACACGGCGCACCCGAGUUUUGUGGACAGGGAGGAGGUUGAGGGGAUUAUGGGGCCGUUGAGUAUUGCUGCGGCAGAAACCGACCAAAUCUUCCCCGCCCCCAAGCGCCACGAAACCGAAGAAAUCCUCCAAAAGAUGUCCGUCCCCUACCAGAUCAACCUCUUCUCCGACGUCGAGCACGGCUUCGCAGUGCGAUGCGAUCUGACCAAGAAGCCCGCCAAGUUCGCCAAAGAGCAGGCGUUCCUGCAGGCGGUCGCGUGGUUCGACGAGCAUGUCAAGCAGGCGUAAGUGGAAUAUUCUCUUGCGGCCAUUCCUUAGGCGAUAUAGAUGGAAUGCUGGUAGGAACCCGGCGUUUGCGUUUGCGUAGCUGAGGUGUGAGGUCGAGAUUAAACGGUCCGGCGUCGCAGUCUCGCAAUCGACUCUUCAAUCUCCGCAUCUCUUCUAAUUACGUCGCACUCAAUAUCAUCUGUAUACCUCGCCCCUUUCCCGUCUAUUCUCCUUGUUCUAUCUCGUGCUGUCCUUCUCAUCGGAUUUACAACGUCUUUGAUCCUCCGUCCGCACCAUGCCGCCGAGCACACGGUGAUGUAGACUAGAUAGAAGGCCGCCCACAAGCAGUACGACGCUAUAAGAAAUUCGAUCACGUUUUCUAACGCGUCCCAGGUCGUCGGGUGUAAAGUUGUGAGGUGGAUGGGAUGUGCGUGCGGCGAAGUAGACGGGUCGUGGGCGGGGAGCGGCGGCAUUGCG